AUGACUGUUGGUGGACCACUGAUCACACUUUCCAAUGGGGUGAAGAUGCCUCAGGUUGGCUUGGGAACAUGGCAGUCCAAAACGGAUGAAGUGAAAGUUGCUGUGAAAACUGCCCUAGAGACCGGAUAUCGGCUAAUUGAUACAGCCUCUUGCUAUCACAAUGAGGGCGCUAUCGGUGAAGCAAUUCAUGAACUGAUCAAGGAUGGUAAAAUCAAGCGCGACGAGCUCUUCAUUGUUACCAAGGUACUACGAUUGUUUUGCACACUGAAAGUACCUCUUUCCACUUACAAAAAUAUAGUGCCACUAUAA